AUGGCUGCCGUCAACAAGAUUGCCCUGAACUCGCCCUCCCGGCAGAACCCCUCCGAGUUGGAGACCGCCAUCGCCGGCGCUCUUUUCGACUUGGAGAGCAACACACAGGACCUGAAGGCCACCCUUCGUCCUCUGCAGUUCGUCUCUGCCCGUGAGGUUGAGGUCGGCCACGGCAAGAAGGCCAUCGUUGUCUUCGUCCCCGUUCCCCUUCUCCAGGGCUUCCACAAGAUCCAGCAGCGCCUCACCCGCGAGCUGGAGAAGAAGUUCUCUGACCGCCACGUCCUCUUCGUCGCUCAGCGCCGCAUCCUGCCCCGCCCCAAGCGCUCCGUCAACUCUCGCUCCACCCAGACCCAGAAGCGCCCCCGUUCCCGCACUCUGACCGCUGUCCACGACUCCAUCCUCGCCGAUCUCGUCUACCCCGUCGAGAUCGUCGGCAAGCGCAUCCGCACCAAGGAGGACGGCAGCAAGACCCUCAAGGUUGUUCUGGAUGAGAAGGAGAAGGGUGGUGUUGACCACCGUCUCGACGCCUACGGCGAGGUCUACCGUCGUUUGACCGGCCGCAACGUUGUGUUCGAGUUCCCCCAGAGCGGCGCUGAGUACUAA